GACAGCCCCGCACAUGCUCAGUCUGCAGCUCCGUGACUCCGGUAAUCAUUCAUCCUCUGAGAUCUCUAUUUGCUUUAUAGCAACAUUCCUGUUUCUGAUGCUGGAGAGAGCUGCAUUGCCUCUACACCAGUUAUAACAAAAGACAUGAUUCAUUCACCACAAUUCCACACUGGCUCGCCAACACGGUUUGCCAUCAUUUAGCAAUGAGUGAACCUUUUUUCCAUCAUGCAUCCUAACUAGCAAAGAAUACCAUGCUGUGAUAUUUAUGGGGUUUAUCCCAGGCACCAGUCAGCAUCCAUAAGGCAAUUUUGUGUCAUCACAUACAAAGGCAAUGCUGUAAGCACAUGCAGAUAUUGCUGUAAAACAGCAGCUCCAUCCUGGAUCCCAGCUGAUGUCAUACACGCCGUCUUUUCUGCAAAUAAAGAGAGAAAAAACAUGGAUUUCAGCAACUCCUCAGUGUUUGAUCAACAUAAAGGUGAUUCAGCAGAAGAGAUUGACUUGAGUGUGGUAUACCAAGCGUCAGCGAAUGGUGAUGUCAACACAUUGACUGCAAUAAUCCGAGAAGAUCCUUCAAUACUGGAGUACUGUGACAAUGAAGGUUGCACACCACUGAUGCACGCUGUUUCCGGACGUCAGGUCGAUACAGUGAAACUGCUGCUGAAAAUGGGAGCCAACAUAAACACACAAGAUGCCUGUGGAAGAACAAGUCUAUCACUUGCCACGUACCUGGGAUGGCUAGAAGGCUGUGUUAGUUUGCUCAGGAAUGGUGCCAAGCAGAACAUACCAGAUAAAAAUGGGAGACUUCCCCUGCAUGCGGCCACUGCUGAAGCUGAUGUCAGGCUUUUGUCUGUACUUCUGCAGCAAUCAACUUUAAGUGAGAUUAAUCAUCAGGACAAUGAGGGAAUGACGUCACUUCACUGGGCAGCAUUUCAUAACCGACCACAGCAUGUACAGAUCCUAAUUCAGAAAGGGGCAGAUCCAACACUGGUGGACAAAGACUUUAAAACUGCUCUUCACUGGGCAGUUCAGAGUGGAAACAGAGUGCUGUGCUCUAUAAUACUCGAUCAUCAGCAGGGCCAGUCCACAAUCAACUAUGAUGAUGAGAAUGGGAAGACGUGUAUGCACAUAGCAGCAGCUGCAGGAUACAGUGAUAUUAUCUGUGAACUCGCCCGAGUCCCGGAGUGUAACUUGCAGGCUCUUGAUGUGGAUGAUAGAACUCCUCUACACUGGGCUGCAGCAGCAGGAAAAGAAGACUGUGUACAGACUCUAUUAAAUUUGGGAGUGGAUAUAAAUCCCAGGGACAUCAAUGAAAACACCCCUCUAACCUAUGCCAUGUACUGCGGGCACACUGCAUGCAUCAAACUGCUUUCUCAGGAGAACAGUACACCAGACCCGUUCCAGCCAUUAACCUCCCCGGGCUGUAAAUCCAUGAGGAAAGAAGGGCGUCUCACUGUGCUGAAUCAGAUAUUCUCAUGCAAGAAGAAGAAGGUGGAGCAGAAAGCACACCAGGACAAACUCAGGUAUAACAGAGAAGAGACCUCAGAGGUUGAUGAUAUCAUCACCACAUUUGACUGUAUAUUGGACACAAACUGCAAAGACCCUUCCGAUGAAAGGGUGACCUCAGUCAACUGCAAAAAAAGGACGGUGGAGUCACAGAAGUAUCUGUUACCCGAAAACAAGCAAAAUAGCAAAGGUCUUCCACCCAUAAGAACACAGAGUCUCCCUCCUAUAACCCUUGGACACACUUUUUUGACCACAUCACAGACUAUAUCAGAUGUCCCACAGAGCAAUGCUUUUCAUUUUGCACACCGGUCUCAGAAAAGCAAGAGUGAGCAUGACUUGUUUGACCACAGAAUUAGUUGCCAGACUUUGCAAGACAAUCCAUGGAAUAUAGCUGCUAACCAAAUCCUGACCCAUAAAUCCUGGACAUCACCAAAUCCUGACAAGUUCAAGGGUCAUGCUUUGCUCAAAAAGCCAAACCAUAUGGACAGUCUAUGUUGUCCUCCUCAUCUUCCUCAUAUGGAAAAUAUGCAUUCAGGUCACAACUCGCCUCAUCUCCCUCAAGAUAAACCAAGAAUGAAAGAAGUUCGACUUGCGCGAAACAGCUUGGCCCCUUUACCGGAUCACUGUGUGAAGAAAAUCCAGUUGCCAUCUGGGCAAGCCUGUCCAGGAGUCAAGAAGUCUAUGUCUUUGCCAACCAACUCUCUGCAGAUGGGAAAUAACUUGUCUCCAUUAAUCAUCUCUAAAACUCAGAGUCACUCACUCUAUUCCUUCUUGCCGGUCCUAAGAAAGGAGCCCUUGAGGACAACUCGUGUCCUGCCCGCCAUUCCCAGUCAAAGGGGCCAAAAUACAGAAAGCCUUAUAAGGUCUCCAAAAAAGUCUGACACCAACGACUAGCGCCACAUCUGGAGCCAAGAGUAGAAGAGUCCCUCCUUUGUGUGUUUCAUGUACAUUACACUGUAUGUAGGGUCUGUAAGACAACAAUCAUGUGUGUCGUUUGUACAUUCUUGAAAAAUUAUUAUAUACAUGAACUAGAUUUUUGCUAUUUUUCUAAAAAAUAAAAAAAUCUUUUUUUAUAA